UCGUUCGCCGUCCUCUGCGCAAACAUGCACAUCGCGCCUCGCAAGCAAUGGGACUCCCGUGCAACACGCAUACUCUGUGUUGCAAUGAACUGGACAGGAACUGCGGUUAAACUCCCGGAGGUUUAACACAGAGCUCACCAUGCACAUAGCGGAGAUCGCGCUCUCGCUCCUGGUAGUCGUGAUCAUUGUUGUAUCGUUGCUGUCCAACGUGGUGGUGCUGAUCUGUUUUCUGUACAACACAGAGAUCCGGAAACAAGUGCCCGGUUUGUUCAUUCUGAAUUUGACCUUUUGCAACCUCCUUCUGACCUCGUCCAACAUGCCUCUGACUGUGGUAGGGCUCGUGAGCAAAGGACACCCCGGAGGGCAGGGCUUUUGCCAGUUCAUCGGAUUUUUGGACACUUUUCUGACCACCAACUCCAUGCUGAGCAUGGCAGCGCUGAGCAUCGACCGGUGGGUUGCCGUGGUGUUCCCACUCAGUUACCACUCCAGGAUUCGCCACCGUGACGCGGUGCUGGCCGUCACCUACGCGUGGGUCCACUCCUUGGCGUUCUCCAUCGUAGCGGCUUGCCUGUCCUGGGUGGGGUACCACCAGCCGUACGCCUCGUGCACGUUGUGCAACGUCAGGGCGAGCGCCGUGAAAACGGGGUUCGCGGUUUACACCCUCGCGCUUCACUCGCUCACGUUCUUGCUGGUUUUGGUGGUGCUGUGCGUCACGUACCUCAAAGUGCUCAAAGUGGCGCGGUUCCACUGCAAGCGCAUCGACGUCAUCACCAUGCAGACGCUCGUGCUGCUCGUGGACAUUCACCCGAGUGUACGGCAGCGGUGUCUGGAGGAGCAGAGGAAGAGGAGGCGCAGAGCCACGCGGAAAAUUAGCACCUUUAUCGGGACCUUCGUUGUUUGCUUCACUCCUUAUGUUCUCACCAGGGUGGUGGAGCUCUUUGUGGUUGUUCCAAUCAGUCCGUACUGGGGCGUGCUGUGCAAGACACUGGCGUACAGCAAGGCUGCCUGUGACCCCUUCGUCUACUCCCUCCUCCGGCACCAGUACCGCAAGACCUGUGGUGACAUCAUCAACCGCUUCCUGAAGCGAGGCUCACGCCACGUGUCAGGCCAUCGGCAGGAAAAUGGGAGGUCCAACAAGCCAGGGAAUUCUGGGAAGUCGCAGCAUGAUGAAAAACGCAAGAAAACUGGCAUGCGAGUGGAGAAGUGGAGAGUUAACUCCUGUGUGCUGUGUGAACUCAUGUUCACUCUCCAGUGUGACUCAGAGUGA